CAAGCCAGUCCAACUGAAAAUUGGUGUCUUACAACUGAAGAAUUUGAAAGAUGGGAUAGACUAUAUAAAAUUAAAGCUGGUGAAGGAAUAAAAAAGCCAAUUAUGCCACGGAGUCACUUUGUAACAUUAGAAUGCAAAGAUAUGAGAACAGAGUUGGAAACUAAAGAAGUUCAUGAACUGUCACUGACAGAAUGGACAGUCUGGCAGAACCGGCCUUUCCCUACCUAUCUGGUGGAUCACUCUGAUCGUUGCUUCCACUUCAUUAGUGUUAUGGACAUGAUAGAGCAAAUGAGACAUGAACAGGGAGAAUGCGCCUAUGAGCUGGAAAUUCAACCUUAUUUUCAUUUGGAAGAUGUUCAUGCAUCAAAUGUUCAGAUCAGCAAAAGGUGUGAUACUGUGGCUCUUGAAAAACUAUCGUGUGGAAAAAAAGCAGCAGCUAUAGCAAAAGGAGAAUAUUCCUUACAGGAGUUUGAUGCAGAAUGUAUGUUGCUCUUUAAAGUGGCCAGUUUUAAAUCUGUGAGAAUACCUCAAGUGAUUGGUGUAGAAACUGCAGAUCAUGCUAAAAAGGAUGACAGUUUUUCAGAUUGCUUUUCAACAAGCAUAUCACCAUUUCUUGAAGCUACAGGGCAUAGAAGUUUGGCAGAUGAGAAUCAAGAAAAUAUGGAUGCAACCACCAACACAAAUAUUCAGGGAAGCACUCGUGUUAAUUCUGAAAAGGCCGUAACAAAACUAAUUCAGCCUGUCUCCGAAAAUUGUAUACAGAAUGGACAAUGUGUGGAUUCUGGCUAUGAUUGCUUUGCAGAUGAUUCAUCUCUUUCAACUUUAUUUUAUCUACCAGUGCCAGAGAUUGAUUUGUUUGGGUUUUCUGAAACAAAUGCUGAUGAGGACCUUUCUUGGGGAAAAGACAUCCAGAUAAAUGUAGCAAGACUCCUGUCACAGUCCCCGCCAUCUCUGAAUGAAUGCUUUGCUUCUGAGGAAAAGAGGGUGGAUGAAGGCCUGGAGUUUGAUUCAUUGCCGCAAUAUGUUUCCAGUAGGCCUAAAGACAAUAUUCUUCCAGAAAAAAAUGUAUGUUUCAAGAAUGUAUCUAUUUCACCUCAGAACACCUGUGAACUCUUAAGUACCCAUAAACUACAUUCAGUGGAUACCUAUCAUUUGGAAACAAAUAAUAUUCCAGAUACUUUCAUUAGCAAUGUAAAUGAACUUAGCUGGGCUGACAUUUUUGAAGACAAAAUUGAAGAACAGAAUGGAAUUCAAGAGAGAAAACUGUCAAUAGUAAAUUGUAGUCCAAUGAUGAAUUCUUUGGAAAGGGAUAGUGGUAAAAGCUAUGAAAAAAUGUGCAAACGAUCUGGAAGAAAUGUAAGCCCUGAUGAAGAUUGUUCUAUACACUUAUUGGGAAAUCACUGUGCAAAGAGUAGCCAUCCUCCAGCUGAAAAAACGGGGAUGCCUUCAGAAUUACCUGGCUUGUGUAGUCAAGCCAAUAUGCAGAGUAACAAAGCAAGAAACUUUGAAUGGCAUUUUUCUGACAAACUUGUUUCUGUUUGCAAUACAGAUCCCAUAACAUCAUUGAUACCGCAUAGAGAUAAAGCAGUGGAAGUCUCUGGUGAUCUUGAUCAUGGAAGCAAAGCAAACCCCCAUGAUUAUGAGCAGCUGUAUAAUGCUUCUCAGGAUUUGUUCUCUGUUAACUUUGAUCUUGGAUUUUCUUUUCAAGAAUCAGAAGAUGAGACCGUAGAGCAAAAGAACUCCAUGAAGAAUAGGGGGAGCCCUGUAACUGGUCAAUCCAAUAGGGUUGAAGCCUCUCUUUCAAAUAGUAGCUUGGUAAAGAAAUAUCCUAGUAAUGAAUGUUUUAAUGUGACUAAAUCUUCUACACCAUUAAACUUGCAAAACAAGAAUUCUGGUCUAGCAGUGAUUGAACAUGCUAUUUCCUUGGGAUCCCCUUUGACACCAGCAAGACAGAGAUUUUAUCGGUCACCAAACUAUGUAGAAACUCUGUGUUCCACACCAACACGUGGACAGAUGAUACAUAUUAGAAAUUCUAGAAAUAAUCCAGGAAGCUCACAGAGGAGACUUUCAAGGAAAGCAAACACCAGUAUAGUUAAAGUCUUGGCAAAAUCAUCUUUUGGAGUAGAGGAUCUCCCAUCCCAUGAACCUGGGGACAGCAGUGAAGGUGAAGAAUUUUCUUCUCUCAAGAAAAAAAAGAGAAAAAGAAACAUUUUGAGAACUCCAGAUAUUAGUGACUGUGACUUUGAAUCACCAAUUCAUGCUAUCAAGAAACGGAAGCGUCCACUCAUUGUAUCAGAUGUCUCUAGUGAUGAAAGCACAGAUUUUGCUAAGAAAUCAAACCCAGUGUUGUGUGGCAGAAAGAGCUACACCAAGGAGCCAGUUAAAGAUACGAAAAGGCAGAAGAGAGGAGACAGAGCUGUGAUCAAGAAUGCGGCCAAGUGUUUCAUAGAUGAGGAAGCAGAACUUUCUGAAGAAGGAGCUGUGGAAAUUUCAUCUGAUGAGAGUAUAAAUUCAGAAAAUGAAUUUAGUUCCUCCCUUGUGCAGUUUCUUAAUGAUGAGACACAGAUCACUCAGGAUUUAAAUGAAUCUGAGAUGCAGGGAGUUUAUCUGAAGUCUGUACGUAGUCCAGCUGUUGGCAACAAGUAUAAGAUGGUGCAUAAAGGGUACCAUCCAAUAGCUGUUUUCUCACAGAUUCCAGAGCAAGAUGAAUGCUACAUAGAGGACAGUUUCUGUGUUGAAGACAAUGAAGAGGGUAACCCCAAAAGCAGUUCCAGUGAAGAAGAUGUGUGUAUCAAUUUUGACCUUUUAGGGGAAGAAAGUUUUGUGAAUGGGAGAAAACAAUACCAAACCCGGCACAGGAGAAAACUGAAAGAGGGCCAUGUGGAACAGAAAACAGGAAUUCCAUUAGUGCCAAAGAGGUUAACUUGGGUUCGGAUUCUUAACAGAUCUAGUGAAGAUGAGGGAACUGAUAAAAAUGAAGAACUGGUGGAAUCACGAGUUAAUGCUAAAGCUGAUAAGGAUUCUAAUGUUACUUCCUUAACUAUGGGCCAGACCUUGCACCAAAAAUUGUCAGUUCCAAAACUUAAAAGCUGCCAACCCCAAGAAAGCCAUGGCCAGGAAUGCUUGGAAAUAAAAGCUUGUUUGCCAGAACAGUCAGAUUUUCAUCCUCAAAGCAAAGAUUGGUGCAAAUCAGAGCUUGUGGGUGGACAGUUCCAGACUAUGCUGAAGCCAGAAACAUCUUUAGGGAAUCCUCCUGGACCCUCUUCUUCUUCCAAUGAGCUGCCCUUAAGGAAUUUGAAGAACCAAGCAUCCCUCUGUAUUCUGGUGGAUAAUCAUGAGAUCUCCUCUGGGCCAGAAGUCAUUUCAACCCUGAAAAACGUUCAUGGAGUCAAGGUUCAGAUUUGUUCUCUGGGUUCCUGUGAUUAUAUUGUCAGCAACCGUCUGGCAGUGGAAAGGAGGUGUCAGGCAGAAUUGCUGAACAAUGCACACCGGAGUAAAAUGGUCCAGAGGAUACAACAGCUGAAGAGCAAGUUUGAUAGGAUCUGUAUAAUUGUGGAGAAGGAAAGAACUAGGACAGGAGAGGUGUGGAGGGUAUUCCACAGAACCAAGUACUAUGAUGGCAUUUUAUCAGCAUUCAUCCAGGCAGGAAUCAAAGUGCUCUUCAGUGCCUGCCAAGUGGAAACUGCUGACUUGCUAAAAGAACUAGCUUUGGUGGAACAGCGGAAGAACGCAGCCAUCCAUGUGCCAACAGAAGUGGAGGGAUCCAGACAAGACGUCUUCCGUUUCUAUUUGAGCAUUCCCUGUGUCAGCUAUACGCUGGCUCUGGCCUUGUGCCACCACUUUGGUUCUCUGAAAGAGAUGGCAAACAGUACUCCAAGUGAGAUGGCAGGCCGCACUCAGGUCAAUCUGCAGAAAGCAGAGGAGGUCUACCGCUACAUCCACUACGCCUUUGAUACUCAGAUGCUGCCCGUGGUUGUCACUUGAUCCCUUAUAAAUCAAAGUGGGACAUCCCUUUUAAACAGAAGCACUUUAUUAUUACAUUCAUUCGGUGUAAGAUAUGUAAAUAAAAUUUCAAACAAAAUGAAUUUCUGUAUUGCAAGCUGUCCUGUUCCUCUACAGAAAUCAG